CAUGUUCCUAUCAAGUAGGUCUCGUAUUAUCAGGAGACUGUUUACAACUAGAUCAGCCAUUGCAUGCACUGAACAUGGAGACCUUCUUAUCUUGCCUCCAAAUACUUACCAAAUGUCGGUAAAAGUAAAACCCCAAUUGCCUUGUCAUGUAAACAUGUUUGAAGUCAAUUCCCAACUGAAGGAACUAGUCAAGGCCGGUCACUUAAAAGAUGCGCGCAAAAUGUUCGAUAAAAUGCCUCACCGAGACGAGAUUUCAUGGACCACUGUGAUCUCUGGCUAUGUCAAGGCCAUGGACUCCACUGAAGCUUUGGUGUUGUUUUCAAGAAUGUGGGUUGAGCCUGAAAUGAACAUGGACCCUUUUGUACUUAGCCUUGGAAUCAAGGCUUGUGCACAAAAUGUUAAUGUUAAUUUUGGAGAAUCAUUACAUGGGUUUACCGUUAAAACUGGUUUAGUGAACUCAGUUUUUGUUGGUAGUGCCCUUGUGGAUAUGUACACGAAAAUUGGAAAAGUUGAGCUAGGUUGUAGAGUUUUCAAUGAAAUGCCAAUGAAAAAUGUAGUAUCAUGGACUGCUGUUAUUACGGGGCUUGUUCGUGCUGGUUAUAAUAGUGAGGGGUUAGUUUACUUCUCUGAGAUGUGGAGAUCAAAGGUUGAGUGUGAUUCAUACACUUUUGCUAUUGCAUUGAAGGCAUGUGCUGAUUCAAGUGCUUUGAACUAUGGGAGGGAGAUUCAUAAUCACACAAUAAAGAGAGGUUUUGAUAUGAGCUCAUUUGUAGCCAACUCUCUUGCAACAAUGUAUAACAAAUGUGGAAAAAUAGACUAUGGUUUGUGUUUGUUUGAAAGAAUGAACAAACGUGAUGUGGUUUCGUGGACAACAAUAAUAACAACUUAUGUUCAGAUGGGUCAAGAGGAAAAUGCUCUUGAAUCAUUUUUAAGAAUGCAAGAAUCAGGUGUAAAACCUAACGAGUACACUUUUGCUGCAGUUAUCUCUGCAUCAGCCGACCUUGCAAAGAUUCUAUUGGGCGAGCAGUUACAUGCCCAUGUUUUAUGUUUAGGUCUACAAAAUUCUUUGUCAGUGGCCAAUUCCAUCAUGACCAUGUAUUCAAAAUGCGGCAAGUUAACUUCAACUUCUAUGGUAUUUCAUGAGAUGAGCCGGAGAGAUAUUAUUUCAUGGAGCACCAUAAUUGCAGGGUAUUCUCAAGGAAGUUGUGGAGAACAAGCUUUUGAGUAUCUAUCAUUGAUGAGAAGAGAAGGACCAAAACCAAAUGAGUUUGCUUUUGCCAGCGUGCUGAGUGUGUGCGGAAAUAUGGCAAUUCUUGAGCAGGGGAAGCAAGUACAUGCCCAUGUGCUAUGCAUCGGAUUGGAACACACAGCUAUGAUACACAGUUCUCUAAUCAACAUGUACUCAAAAUGUGGGAGUAUCAUAGAAGCUUCACAAAUCUUCUAUGAAACUGAAUGUGUCGAUAUUGUCUCAUGGACGGCCAUGAUUAAUGGGUAUGCUGAACACGGCUACAGCAAAGAAGUCAUUGAUUUGUUUGAGAAGCUUACCAGAGUUGGGUUGAGACCAGACUCUGUGACCUUCAUUGGUGUUCUUUCCGCUUGUAGUCACGCAGGACUGGUUGAUCUUGGUUUCCACUACUUCAAUCUGAUGAGUAAGGAAUACCAGAUUAAUCCUUCUAAAGAACACUAUGGCUGCAUGAUUGAUCUUCUUUGCCGAGCCGGACGACUUAGUGAUGCUGAGAACAUGAUCAAAAGUAUGCCGCAUCAAAGGGAUGAUGUUGUUUGGUCAACUCUGCUUCGAGCAUGCAGGGUCCAUGGUGAUGUUGAUUGUGGAAAACGUGCUGCAGAGAAGAUUCUUGAAUUAGAUCCAAAUUGUGCUGGAACACACAUUACCCUUGCUAACAUUUAUGCCAUGAGGGGGAGAUGGAAGGAAGCAGCAGAAGUAAGGAAGAUGAUGAGAUCAAAGGGGGUUAUUAAGGAGCCUGGCUGUUCUUGGAUUAAGGUAAAGGAUCAGGUCUAUCCAUUUGUUGCUGCUGAUAAGCGCCAUCCUCAGAAUGAAGAUAUAUACCUCGUGUUGGAUUUACUAGCUUCAAGGGUAGAAGUUGCUAUCCACGAAUUGGAUUCUCUUCUACAUGAUGUUGAUGAUUAGCAGAAGCGGAGUCAUAUUGAGGUUUUCUUCUAUAACAGGGUCGCUUAUCAAGGGCUUUUAUUACAGUUAACUGCCAGCUAGUACAUGUUAAUAGAAAUAACAAACAGCAGUAAGAGCUUGUUUUUGCGUUAAGAAUAUUAUAUUGGACGAGUUAUGGAUUACGAGCGAGAAAACUAAAGAAUGAGGGCAUCCUUGUUGAAGGGAAGGCCUAAGAAAUCAAAUGAAAUAGUCUCCAUCUGCUUCUUGAACGAUUACUUACCUAUUCAGGUUUUUUAGUAAUCAGAGCAGUGUUUAUUUCCUCCAACUGAAGAUAGUCUGCCAACUUUGGCUGAAGAGCCUGAAUAAUCCGGUGUUCUGUUGUGCAGCACUCUGAUGGUUUCCUAAGGCUUUUGGUGCUUUGUACCUAAGAAAAUAUCGAAGUUAGAGACUGAGUAUAUUCAUGAUAGAAAAGAUUUUACAUGGAGCUCAUCUUACCAUCUGUAUUAUUAUUGUGACAAGUUAAUUAGUUUGGAGAUGUCGAGGUUUUGUGAUCAGAAGUUAGCGUUGACAUUACAAUAACAAGAUUUAAACGGGACGAAACAAUAUUGGUUGAGUUGUUGUACAAAGAUUGAUUUAUUUAUUUUGUCUUGGAUGGGCGAAAGUUAGAUUACUCCAUAGCAUUCUAAACUGU